CGUUGCUUGCCUGUCUGUCUGCCGAAUCACUCCGUUUACAUUUACUCUUCGAUCGAUCGCUGGAUAUUGCUUGGUCUCUGGAUCAGAUCGCUUGCAGCUGGCUGCCUAUCUAGUGCGAGAUCUUGACAAACCAUUGACUGGUGAAAGGCCUAGUCCCACGUGAAUGUCUUACGGCCUCAACAUGGCUGCCCCGUCAGGCAUGCACCAUAAUCUGGCCGACGCAGGGCCGAAGCUCGUCAAUCGACUGCGGGACAGCAAAUCACCUUACGUGCGGGCGCAUAUGAACAAUCCAGUAGCAUGGCAGCUUUGGGACACAGAAGCCAUCGAGUUGGCCAGACGCCAUAACCGGUUGAUCUUUCUGAGCAUCGGGUAUUCGGCAUGUCACUGGUGUCAUGUUAUGGAGAAGGAGUCUUUCAUGUCCCACGAAGUGGCUUCAGUGCUAAACGAGUCGUUCAUCCCAAUCAAGGUGGACAGAGAGGAGCGACCCGAUGUUGACGAUGUCUACAUGAACUAUGUCCAGGCAACCACCGGAUCGGGCGGCUGGCCCUUGAAUGUUUUCCUUACUCCGGAUCUUGAACCUGUUUUUGGCGGGACAUACUGGCCCGGCCCCAACUCCUCCACCCUGACAGGAAACGAGACGAUCGGAUUUGUCGAAAUCCUCGAAAAGCUCCGGGAUGUCUGGCAGACGCAACAGCAGAGGUGCCUCGAGAGUGCGAAGGAAAUUACCAAACAGCUCCGGGAAUUCGCUGAGGAGGGCACACAUUCUUACCAAGGCGAUCGACAAGCGGAUGAAGACCUGGACAUUGAGCUGUUGGAGGAGGCCUAUCAGCAUUUCGUUUCCCGAUACGAUCCUGUACAUGGAGGAUUUUCCACGGCUCCUAAAUUCCCCACACCUUCUAACUUGGCCUUUUUGCUGCGUCUGGGAAUCUAUCCAACUGAGGUGUCGGACAUUGUCGGGAAGGACGAGUGUGAGCGGGCGACCGCCAUGGCAGUCCAUACACUUAUUAGCAUGGCGCGUGGAGGAAUUCGAGACCAUAUCGGGCAUGGCUUUGCGCGGUAUAGUGUUACCCCCAACUGGGGAUUACCUCACUUCGAGAAGAUGCUGUACGACCAAGCACAGCUUUUGGACGUCUAUGUAGACGCGUUCAAGAUCACUCAUAAUCCUGAGUUACUGGGGGCUGUGUACGACCUGGUCAGCUAUCUCACAUCGGCUCCGAUCCAGUCACUAGCAGGCGCUUUCCACUCCUCUGAAGACGCGGACAGUCUCCCGACGCCCAAUGACACCGAGAAGCGUGAAGGCGCAUUUUAUGUUUGGACGUUGAAAGAGCUGACUCAGGUACUCGGUCAGCGAGAUGCUGGGGUCUGUGCUCGUCACUGGGGCGUUCUGCCCGAUGGCAACAUCCCGCCCGAGAACGACCCGCAUGAUGAAUUCAUGAACCAGAAUGUGCUAGCAGUCAAAGUGACACCUAGCAAAUUGGCCAAGGAGUUUGGUCUCGGCGAAGACGAGGUGGUCAGGAUUAUCAAGUCUGCAAAGCAGAAGUUGUGCGACUACAGGGAGAGGACUCGCGUACGUCCGGAUUUGGAUGACAAGGUCAUUGUUGCCUGGAACGGACUUGCCAUCGGGGCACUCGCCAAGUGCAGUGCACUAUUCGAAGAAAUCGAAAACACGAAGGCAGCACAGUGCAGGGAGGCGGCAGCCAAGGCAAUCAACUUCAUCAAGGAAAACUUGUUCGACAAGUCGACGGGACAGCUAUGGCGCAUCUACCGCGACGGAGCUCGGGGGACCACCCCUGGCUUCGCCGAUGACUAUGCAUACUUGAUAAGUGGACUGUUGGAUAUGUACGAGGCGACUUUCGACGACAGCUUCUUGCAAUUCGCCGACCAAUUGCAGAAGUAUCUCAACGACAACUUCCUCGCAUACGUUGGCUCCACACCCGCAGGUUACUAUAGCACCCCUUCAACCAUGACACCAGGCACGCCAGGCCCUCUCCUACGCUUGAAAACCGGAACCGAGUCAGCUACACCAUCCAUCAACGGCGUCAUUGCGCGCAAUUUGCUGCGCCUCGCAAGUCUCUUCGAGGAGGAGGGAUAUCGUACCCUUGCCCGACAGACCUGCCGCUCGUUCUCAGUAGAGAUUCUGCAGCACCCGUUCCUAUUUGUGGGUCUCCUAGACGCCAUCGUCGGUUUGGAGACAGGAACGCGGAACAUCACGGGUGUAUUCAGCACAGCAGCCAUCCCGCUGGGGCCAAGCAGCAGGAGCAGCAGCUCACAACAAGCAUCAUCUAACGACACCACCACCACCACCAGCCGCGCCGAGGAACCGAUUGCCGCCCGCGAUCUCCUGGUAAAGAAGCUCCGCGCCGAGGCCGGCCCGACAUUAUCGACGGCGACCACGACCGUCUCGCUUGUGGAUAUCCGACCCUCUCAUCUAGGAGAUUUUGUAGGAAACCAGUCUUUCUGGCUGCGGACGCGCAACCCCCUGUACAAAGAGUUGCGGCCGUCCCACCCGGCGAAGAAUCAUCUCAUGGUCUGCGAGACGGGCCGCUGCACGAUAGUAGAUCUUUGA